AUGCCACUAUACAACAUCGAAACAAGUACUUGGAACUGGGAUCUUCCAGUUAAUCCCCCUGGAGGUGGCUCGGACUCAGACACUAGUGGUGGUAGUAGCCACAGUGCUCCAGUGAGUCAGGACCCAGAGGUUGCAGAGAGUGCAACUUACGAAGAAAUUUUCACAUCCUUUAUGAAUGCUCUUGCUGGCUGUUUAUCAGCAUCACAACCCCUCCUAGAAUGUGAGUGUUAUGCAACUUGCACAUGGAGUGCAGCCAAUGCUCACAAGGCAUUGCCCAGGAGUGAGAUAAAGCGCAAACCUGACCUUGUUCUAUCUGAUGACAUCACAGCAAAGUGGGGAAAUAUCAGGGUAUCUGACCCUGCCACAUCCACUUCUGAAUUCCUCGAUGAACUGGGCUCUCAGGACCCAUCCUCUGAUGAUGAUCUCAAGUCUGUAGUCUCUGAUGACUCUGGCUCUGAGGAAUGCUUAACUGACUCAGAGGAUGCACCUGAAGGAAAUUCAAUUGAAUCUACUAUGCAAAUGGAAGAAUUCCCCCCAUCCCUCCCUCCAGUGCAACCCACUAUGGUGUCCAGUGCCCCCCUCCUCAGCCUCACAUCCCAAACUCCCCAGGACUUGACAGAGAGUAUAUCUUCCAUCAUGCUUUAUCCUUCCCAAUUUCCCUACUCUGUGCACUCACCUGAACCUUGUGGCAAGAUCUGUGUAGGGGAUGAUGUGUACAUUAUCAAGUGA